UGGCACUGUCCCGAAGGAGGCGGCGGCGCCCACGCGGGGCUGGAGGAGCGGGGGUAGCCCGGGGCGAGGCGGCGGUUGCGGCGGCGGCUGCGCGCUCCCCGGCCUGCCGGCAGGAACCUUGGAAAAAACCCGGCUGAGUUCUGCAGAGCUGGCGGGGCCGGGCCCAGAGCUCCCCUGUGCCCAAAGCCGGGCCCGCCCUGCGGAUGAUGCCAACCUGACCAGAACCCCGCUGUCCCGGGGGCGCAGCAACUUGGUGAAGGGGACAGGGCUCCGGACUAGACAGCACCCAAGCUGGCCGCUCCCUCCCAAAGUCUGUCUUUCGGAGUGCUGGUCCCUGGCUCAGUGGCAAGGAAGACUUCAGGCCAGCAGAUCGAACCAGUGGGCACCACCGUGGACCAGGUGGAGUGAGUCUGAGGACAGCAGAUGAACAGACAGAAACUGAAAGAUCCCCAAAAAGGAUGAGUGAGAGGGUCGUGCGGAACUGGAGCACGGGCGGCUGGCUGCUGGCACUGUGCCUGGCCUGGCUGUGGACCCACCUGACCUUGGCUGCCUUGCAGCCUCCCACUGCCACAGUGCUUGUGCAGCAGGGCACCUGCGAGGUGAUUGCGGCUCACCGCUGCUGCAACCGGAACCGCAUCGAGGAACGCUCCCAGACGGUGAAAUGCUCCUGUUUUUCUGGCCAGGUGGCCGGCACCACGCGGGCAAAGCCCUCCUGCGUGGACGACCUGCUCUUGGCUGCCCACUGUGCUCGUAGAGACCCUAGAGCUGCACUCCGCCUCCUGCUCCCACAGCCUCCAUCGUCCUGCAGAGAUGGUGGUGUCAGAUGGAGCCCUGCCUGCUGGGGGAGGAGUGUAAGGUGCUCCCGGACCUGUCGGGAUGGAGCUGCAGCAGUGGACACAAAGUCAAAACCACCAAGGUCACACGAUAGCUCUUGGGGGUCACGGCCUGGACAAGAAAGGCUUGACUGAGCCAUGAACUGAAGAAUGGUAUCCAGUCAUCAGCCAGGAAAGAUGGGGAUUCACUUACAUGCCUCAUGUCAAAUGCAGCAUCAGUCUUUCCAGGGCAUUUCAGUUAAGCUGCUCAGCAGAUAUGGAUGGAUCUGCAAUCACAUACCUAGUGUGGAGCUGGGCUUUUCUGGAGACACGAAGGUCAACACACAAUUCCUGCCCUUAAGGAAUGUCCAGUUGAAUUGGAGAGUUGAUGACAAACAAUUUAGAUAAUUUAGGUUAAAGUACUUGAUACCAGACUGUGGCUUCUGGGCCACAUGCUAUGGCAUGAUGGGGGUUUGGGAAUGAGAUUCCCACAGUUCUUCAGAUACCCUGUGGCCACAGGGCAUAGAAACAAGAGGUCACAUUCAGCACCCACCACUUCCCUCUUUCGCAUCAGUUCUGAAUCCCCAGCAAGCUGUUAACAUGUUGCAGGAAAACACUCUCCCCUUAUGCCAGACCAGCAGUAUCUCAUUUGGAUGGGAUUGGAUUGACUUGCAGAAGGAAAGUAAAAAUAAAGCCAAAUAACUUCCCAGCAAAUCUUCGGCACAGGUAUGGGCCAUUCAUUGGGUAUGGGAUGGACGGGACUUUAAAAUCAUCUCCAUCCAAGCACCUCAGAUUUUUGUUUGUUUGCUUAUUUUAACAGAUGAGGAAGCAGCCCCAGAGAGGUGAGGCAAUUUGCCCAAGAUCUCAUAGCCUGGGCUUUCAGACCUCUAAGACUGAUGACUUUCCACUAGCCUGAAUAAUAGGAUUCCAACGUAGGCCUCCCAUGUUAAUUUUAUGUCAAGUUACUGGAACCAGCAAAGUACAGGCUGGACAGCAGCAACAUUUUUCUUGGGAGAUGCUAGAGCAGGGACUUUUACUAAGGUCACUGUUCUGUCUGAAAUAAUCCAGAAUAUCCACACACCGGGAUGUGGGACCAUUUGGUCUCCACUCUACUGUCAUCCUCCAAAUUUGAAGCAGGUCUUAUGACACCCAGAGGUCACUCAACCUAGUUAUAGCUGGGGCUCAGCUGGCAUCUCCAUUGCCCACUCUGACCCAUCUCUUCUGCGGUCUUUGGGCUAUGAUUCUCAGAAGGUCUGGCUCCAGGAGAAAUUCUGGGUGGGAUGUAGAACUGGUUAGAGUCUUCUCUUUUCAAAGGCCCCUGCUGGGCAGCAGGGGUGGAAGGCUAGAGCCUCCAUUUAGAAUUAAAGGUCAGUGCAGUCAGGCUGACACUAGAUGGCUCAGGGAUGACACAUAGGCUUCAGGGACUCAGAGGCAUGGGCUACUUAGAUAUCUCAUCAGUAAGAGAAUUGCAGCCUCUGAGACUGUGGGCGUUGAGAUCACCAAGGCCUUAGGGAGGGGGGUGUCAGUAGAGACCCACCUGGACGAUGCUGAAUUCUGACCCUCAGAGAGACAAAUCAGAUGAUAGUUUGUGGCUGAGUCUCAGCUUCUCCCUCCCUCCCUGUGCAGUAGAACCAAGACUGAUAUUCCCCUUUUCUUGCCCUACUCCAGUUUAUUUUCUUGUUUUUGACAAUGGGGUGAACAAUGGUGCCAGCUUCUUACUAGACUGUAAAUAUCAGAACUCACAACUCAGAAUCUCUGCAGAUGGUGGGCUCAUGGGGUGGGGUAGUCAGGGAGUUGGUCAAAGAUCGUCCCCUCUCCCCUCUCCCCUCUCCCCUCUUUCCUCUCCUGCCAUGAUCUCAGCUCGCUGCAACCUCCCUGCCUCGGACUCCCGUGAUUGGCCUGCCGAGUGCCUGGGAUUGCAGGCACACGCCGCCACACCUGACUGGUUUUUGUAUUUUUGGUGGAGACAGGGUUUCACCGUGUUGACCGGGCUAGUUUCCAGCUCCUGACCUUGAGUGAUCUGCCCGCCUCGGCCUCCCGAGGUGCUGGGAUUGCAGACGGAGUCUCGCUCACUCAAUGCUCAAUGUUGCCCAGGCUGGAGUGCAGUGGCGUGAUCUCGGCUCGCUACAACCUCCACCUCCCAGCCGCCUGCCUUGGCCUCCCAAAGUGCUAAGAUUACAGCCUCUGCCUGGCCGCCACCCCGUCUAGGAAGUGAGGAGCGUCUCUGCCUGGCUGCCCAUCUUCUGGGAAGUGAGGAGCGCCUCUGCCUGGCCGCUGUGCAAUCUUCCAAGUGUGAAGUGACAGCCUUUCUGCAGGUGUACCCAACAGCUCCGAAGAGACAGCGACCAUCGAGAAUGGGCCAUGAUGACGAUGGCGGUUUUGUCGAAAAGAAAAGGGGGAAAUGUGGGGAAAAGAAAGAGAGGUCAGAUUGUUACUGUGUCUGUGUAGAAAGAAGUAGACAUGGGAGACUCCAUUUUGUUCUGUACUAAGGAAAAUUCUUCUGCCUUGGGAUGCUGUUAAUCUAUAACCUUACCCCUAACCCCGAGCUCUCUGAAACAUGUGCUGUGUCAACUCAGGGUUAAAUGGAUUAAGGGCGGUGCAAGAUGUGCUUUGUUAAACAGAUGCUUGAAGGCAGCAUGCUCUUUUAAGAGUCAUCACAACUCCUUAAUCUUAAGUACCCAGGGACACCAACACUGCAGAAGGAAGGCCGCAGGGUCCUCUGCCUAGGAAAACCAGAGACCUUUGUUCACAUGUUUAUCUGCUGACCUUCUCUCCACUAUUAUCCUAUGACCCUGCCACAUCCCCCUCUCCGAGAAACACCCAAGAAUGAUCAAUAAAUACUAAAAUAAAUAAAUUAAAUAAAUAAAUAAAUAAAUAAAAUAAAAUAGUGGCUAGACAGGAAAAAAAAAGAAGAUGGUUAUUGCCUCCUUUAAGGUUGGAGGAUGGAGGGUGGGGAUGGAUUAAGGGAUUGGCAAACUUUUUCUGGAAAAGGCCAGAUAGUAAAUAUUUCAAGCUUGGCGGCUCACAUACAGUCUCUGUUGCAUACCCUUUGUUUUUAUUGUUGAUUUUUUGUUUGUUUGUUUGUUUCAUUUUGUUUUAAAAUAUCUUUAAUAUACGAAAGCUAGUCUUAUUAAUAGCUCAAGUCCUAGCUGUAUAGAAACAGAAUCUGGGUCUUUUUCAGAAGGAUGACAAUCUGAUGAACCUUUGAAGGCAGGCCAUCUCUGCAGUGUGGGACUACCUCCCAGCCUCCUUGCCUGACUUCUGUGCAAUGGGAACCUGAGCAUGAGGGCUGGGUCAGGUUUUGUUUUUCUCCUAAUGCUUCUUGAGAGAUUGGUGAGUGAAUUAUUUAGGCUACAAAUGAGACAGCUUUAGCAGAGUCAGACAAUAACAGCCUGUUCUCCUGGAGGCCAGAAUAGGGGCUUUUCUCCAGUCAUUCUGCACCCUCAAGACUGUGUCCAGGAAGGAGGGAGAGGGCUCGAGCCCCCUGCCCAUCUGCUGCAUCCACAAGCUGGUGGGCUCUGAGCUGGGGAUUGAGCCUGAGAGCAGGGAUCAUGCUAUACAAACUCUCUCCUGAGUUGCCAACCACUGCCAGCCUCUGCCUCAGCCAAAGUCUGGGUUCUGCAACCUUCCCUGACCUCCCUCAUCCCUGCUACAGAGAAGACCUCUUUCCUUUGACACAUUCUGGAAUUAGCUAACUCCUAAUUCAUUUUUUUUAACUCCUCAAGCCUUCAUUUCCUCCUUACCUUUUCAUAUAUUUUUUUGGUGGGCCUUGAGGAGUAUCUUUUAUAUAGCCAGAAGACCCCUACAUAGGAGGGUCUGAUGGAGAAGGGAAGGUGUCCCACCUCCCCCACAAUAGCAUCCUAGGGUCCUGUUUCCAACUGAAUCAAUAUUUAUGUGCAUUUUUUAGCUACAGUUUAAAAAUGCAAAUUAAUUUUCCUGGAACAUAGGGUUCCUGUAGUCAUUUAUCUUCCUCUUCUCCCCUUACUGGAUUGGAAUCUCAGUCCCUGAAGUUAGCUGGUACCCACACUGUCCUCAGCUGUGAAGGCCUUAGGAAGGUU